AUGUCGCAGAGCUCGUCGGGCAUAUGCACCUCCGCCGCCUCCACCGCCGACCAGAAGCAUCAGGCGGCCGACGAGGCGACGCGCAUGCGUAAGAAGACGCUCGUCGGCGUGUCGGUCGGCGCCGGCAUCGUCGGCGCAGCGCUGAUGAUCAUCGCCGUCAGCACGCCGUUCUGGGUGCGCAUGGCCGAGCGCGUCUACGUCGGCGACCUCGUCGACUUCGCCGGCGUGCCGCGCAAGUUGCUCGCGCAGGCGUCCGGCAUGGAGAACCCAGAGAUCGUCGCCUGGUGGAUGGCGGGCCUCUGGUACACGUGCACGAUCUACGAGCAGAGCAACUCGACGGCGAUCAUGAAGAUGCACAAGUGGCGCGAGGAGAACGCCAACCUGUGGCCGACGACCGCUGCACCGGCUACGGGGGCGAUGCCGCCCGCAGGUGGAGGCGGCGGCGGCGGAUUUGUUGUCGGUAACGACGUCUGUUAUUUCAUCACGUACGGCGGCGACGGUCUCACAAAGCUGUCAGGCAGCGGCGUCACCGCCGAAGUGCUGCGCAAGAUGACGCGAUCGACGCCGUGUCACCUUCUCACGAUGCUGCUGCUGAUCAUCGGCACCGCGCUCACCAUCAUGGGAUUCCGCGGCCUCGACCGGUUCGUCAUUCUGGGAGCGAUCGGUCACAUUCUCGCAGGCAUGAUGUGCGCGCUCGGAAUCAUUCUCUACAUAUCAGCAAUAAACGACGAGGCGACGAACUCGUCGAAGAGCGGCAACGAUGCCAAGUUCCGCUACUGGUACGGCGUCUCGUUCUUCCUCGCCGGAACCUCGUUCGUAUUCUCGCAGAUAACGGCGGUCAUCAACAUCUCGCUGUACCUGCAGCGAUACAAAGGCAGCCUGGCCAGCAUGUCGAAAAUCGUGCCUGGCAUCGCGAGCCACGUCGACGUCGAAGGCGACCCGGAAGUCGUCGGCGAGCAGGAGCAGCUGAACCCGAAUCACGUGAUUCAGGAAGAUAUGCAGUUUCCACAGGCGACAGUAUAACGAAAGGUCAUUGUGUGCAUGCGUUCGUUCCCGCGUGUUUUUGGUCGUGA